GCCGGAGGAGAGCGCUUCAGCGGCUCGGCGGCAGGGUCAUGCGAAGGUCAGCGGCAGCAGGAGGGUUCGCGGGGAGUUCAGCCGCAUACAUUAGGUAACGACCGUCGGUCGCCGUGACAUAACGAGUACGAAGCGGGUUGAGUUGAGACGUCCGGCGGCGAAGACGAGAUAAUAAGACGAGGAAGACGACGACGACGACGACGACGAAGGAGUCGCGGGACACAACUUUGUGAGGCAACACAGGACCGAAAGUGUUGCAGCGCGUCGAGCGUGCCAGACGCUCCUCUGCGCGUCUCCGGACGGUCGCAGGUCCGCUCCUGGUGCGCACGCGAACACCCCCCCCCCCCCGCGCGCGCGCGCGCGUAACACACCGGCGGCUCGCGGUUGAAACACUGUUCUGCAAACUGCAACGGAAACCCUUCGGGCGGCGCAGAGGAAGAGGGACACGGUCCUGCUGCGAGGAGAGGAGGGGGCCUCCCAUGCGCACGACGCCGCCGAAUGCAGACCAUGUUCGACUGCAUGGAAUUCCAGUCCUUCGGUCCCGGUGAGGUCGUGGACUUCUUCUACAGCUCAUCCAGCCCCGUGUGCGCGCCGCAGGACCCGGACCCGGACCCGGACCCGGACCAGCCCCAGGACCUGGCCUCCUUCUUCCCCGAGCUGAUCGAGUCGGACUGGCAGCAGCACCGGUGCUCGCAGUCGGUGGGCAGCCAGAGCUCCAACUCCAGCUCCAGCUCGGAUGAUCUCUUCGCCAGCCCAACCUCCUUGCCUCCACCUCCUCGCACUUACAAGCCCUGUUUUGUGUGUCAGGACAAGUCCUCGGGCUACCACUAUGGAGUCAGCGCCUGCGAGGGCUGCAAGGGCUUCUUCCGCCGCAGCGUGCAGAAAAACAUGGUGUACACGUGUCACCGGGACCGAAACUGCAUCAUCAACAAGAUCACCAGGAACCGAUGUCAGUACUGUCGGCUGCAGAGGUGCUUCGCCGCGGGGAUGUCGAAGGAGUCAGUGAGGAAUGACAGAAACAGGAGGAAGGGGAAGAAAGAGGCGGUGAAGAUGACCAUUAUGGAGACCUACGAGCUGACGGCGGAGCUCGGCCUGGUCGUGGAGAAGAUCUGCAAGGCUCACAGAGAGACCUUCCCCUCCCUCUGCCAGCUGGGAAAAUACACCACGAACUCCAGCUCAGACCACAGGAUCCAGCUGGACCUCGGGCUGUGGGACAAGUUCAGCGAGCUCGCCACCAAGUGCAUCAUCAAGGUGGUGGAGUUCGCCAAGCGAGUGCCGGGUUUCACCGGCCUGACCAUCGCUGACCAGAUCACUCUGCUCAAAGCCGCCUGCCUGGACAUCCUGAUCCUGAGGAUUUGCACUCGCUACACCCCCGACCAGGACACCAUGACCUUCUCUGACGGGCUGACCCUGACCCGCACUCAGAUCCACAAUGCUGGAUUCGGACCGCUGACAGAUCAGGUGUUCACUUUUGCCGGGCAGCUGCUGCCACUGGAGAUGGACGACACAGAGAGCGGGCUCCUCAGCGCCAUCUGCCUCGUCUCUGGAGACCGACAUGACCUGGAGGAGCCGUUGAAGGUGGAGGUGCUGCAGGAGCCACUGCUGGAGGCGCUGAAGAUCUACUCCCGCAAGCGGCGACCCAGCAUGCCCCUCAUGUUCCCCAAGGCCCUCAUGAAGAUCACUGACCUGCGCAGCAUCAGCGCUAAAGGGGCUGAGCGGGUGGUGACGCUAAAGUUGGAGAUCCCUGGCUCAAUGCCGCCUCUGAUCAAGGAGAUGCUGGAGGAUCUGCAGAACCUGGAGAAACAGCCGUAGAAAAGCUUGGAGCAGAGCUGAGCGAAUCACGCACACACUCCCGUCUCCACACAGUUACACCAGCUCCUCUGGUUUCGCACUCCGACGCUGCUCAAAGGACCUUUUCGUCUGUCUUCCCUUCCCUAAGAGAAGCUGCUUACUAUGUCAAGUGCAGAUGCAGUUCAGAGGGUCACUGGUGUCCCACCUCAGCCUUCGGUCAGAGAAAUGUAACGUUCGCAGACUGCGAUCAGUCUGGGAUCUGCAGACGCGAGCCGACGUUACGAGAUUGACGCACUAAUGUUUUAAUCAGACACGGUUUUAUUUUAAACUCUUGGUCGCAGGCAUCAUAACCACUGAGAGUCAACCUCAAUCUGCUUUUUACUGUAUUUAUAUUUGCAUGGGAUAUGACAUGGAUUCCUUUUUACCUCAUUAAAUAACAAUACAUUUAGCAUUAGUCUAGCAAAGAUAGUGAAUAUAUGGAAUGGAUUUUUUUUGGAGCUUUUUACACACUAUGUGAAUUAUUUUUUUCCUCUUGUCAAAGUCUGCUGUUUAUACCUGAUGUGCUCCGUAUGUGUAGAAACAAAAGGGAAAUGUAAAUGAAAAAAACCUUGAUGAAGUUUUUAUUCAUAAUGCUGAAUGUUCAUUAAUGACCUCAACAAAGUUCAAUGAUGGAGCUGAGUUGAUGUCGGAAAUUUCAAAUUUAAUUACAAAGAAAUGAGCUUGUUGCUCAUUGGGUGUCAACUCUGGAAAACGUCUAAAGUUUUGAGCUCAUUAAUAGGGAAGAAUAUUAGGGCCAGGCAUAAGAAACAUAAUUUGAAGAGGAACAUUUUUCGUGAUUUUUCAUUUCGAUAAUAAAGGACAAAAUGUUAAAUGAUAAAGAUAAAAUGAUGAAAUUCUUAAGAUCUGAGAUGUGAAAAGAAUACAGAUAAAAUAAUGCCUUGUGUAGAUAAAUUGGUGAAAUUGUUCUUCAGAAACGAUUUUAGAAACAAAGAAAUUUAUUUUAUUUUAGUUCAUAAACAUGGCUUCAAUGUCCUGAUCAGUAUUAGUAUUUAGUUUGACUCAAUUCUCAACAUUUAAUUCUCAAAAUGUAAAAAAAAAAAAAUCUUCUUCCUCUCAUUUCCCCCCUUCUGCCUGACUCUGAUGCUCCCUUGGUACACAAAAACUGGUCUUCCACACAUUUUCUAAAUAAAAGGUUUUAUUUCCAGAAUGUAUAUUUACAGUAAUUAACAGGGCUGGAUAUUGUUUGAUAUGUGUUAUGUACUUUUUUAAUGAAUACUAUAUCUAUCUAUAUAAUAACCAUCAGUGUCCGAUGCCUUAUCACAGAUAGCUGUCAUUGAAUCUUUUCCUAAUCAAAUGCUGUGCGCUGUAGAAAUGAUAGAAGUAAAAAUACAAACUUUACCAGACAAAAUUAUAAGCGAAAAAGGAUUAUGGGAAAUGUGGUCUGAGGUUUAAAAUGAUGCUGGCAUAAUGAAAAAAAAAAUCCAAAAAGAUUAAAUGACAUUUUGUGUACAUUUCAUGGAAGAGAGGGAUGUUUUUAUGUAUGUGUAUGAAUUAUUCACUAGACUUUGCUAAACAAGCAGCGUAUGUACUGUAUCACCUCAUCUGUGCCUAAAUAAAUGCACCAAUAUUUUCCAUAUCUUGGAAUCUGACAUAUCAUGCAAAAUGUAUCAGCCUGAAACUGCCACUGCAUCACACAUGUUCCACAUUGCAUUAUAUGACCACAGUAUGUACAUUUUAUAUCAGUGAUCAUUUUUUCAUGCUGCUUUCAUUUGUGAUAACAACAGAUCAGGUUUCAUCACUCUCAUGUUUUGUGUGGCCCUGAUGAAUAAAAGUCUUGUGUACUGGG